UAGUGAUUCACCACAUGGGUGCGGCGCGAGCAUCCAUGCCGCUCCCCUACGUGCAUGACGACAUCCAGUGGAAGCACUGGACGGCUUCGGCUCAAAUUAUGUCCCAGCCUGUCAGCGACGCCUCGCAUCGUACUGCGUCGCCCAGAUGGCACGGUGGCCGAGUUUUUGGACAUGGUCCAAACACAGCUGAGAAGCGAUGUCAGCUUGGCGUGCUUCGUGGAUGGGUUUGCACUGCCGCGCAGCGAGCUCAUAUGCCACGUGCUGCGGGAUGAUGAAGUUUUGCUAGUCAAGGAGGCUGAGGAGACAGGCCCACGGCUGAAGCGGCAAAGGGUCGCACCUUUUGGGCUGACCGGCUGCCCGAGCUCGGUGCCUUGCAUCGACUGGGCGGAUGGUGGCUUGCUGACAGCCCUCAGCGCAUGCGGGGCUGUCUUCGUUCGAGACGACUCGCUCCCAGACCCGGACUUCGUUUCCUGGCAGGGCCUGUGGCAGCAGGCUUUGGAGGACCAUCGGUCCUUCCGCCGGAGGCCGGCAGUCCUGAACCGCCAGCUCCGGUUUUCCAAGGGCGAGGAUCUGCUGCGGACGCGCGUGGGGGAGGCCAAAGCGCACACUCCGGAUAUUCGCUACAACUUUGGCGUGGGGGUGGAUGUGAUGUCCAGGGACUGGGACGAGCUGAGCUGGAUCCGGGACGGCUUUGACAGCGUGCUACAGAUGCUGAUGGCAAUGAUGAAGAGCGAGCUGGCCUCCGCCACUGAUGCAGAGGAGCCAGAGAACACCUUGGGUUCCAAGGUUUUGUUGGAUUGCGAAAGCUGGGCCGGUAGCAGAUUGCGCCACAGCGUUUAUCCACCCAAUGGUUCUUGCACCGAGCACACAGACUAUGGCGUGGUGACGCUGCAGCAAAGCACCGCGCCCGGGCUGGAGGCCUAUGUUGCUGGUUCCUGGCAAUCGUUGGUACCACCACCAGGCCAUGCCGUGCUUUUUGCUGGAGACAUGCUUGAGAUACUGACUAACGGCAAGGUCCCAGCACUGGUGCACCGCGUGACUCCAGGCGGUUCUCGCCAGUCGCACAUCAUAUUCUUGCAGCCGGACCGCAACACCAUUGUGCAGCCGCUGCGCCCGUUCUUGCGGCAUGACGGAACGGAUCACAUGCCGGUGAAGUAUGGGGAGUGGCAUAAGAGGAAGACAAGCCUGGCUUUCCAGAAGCCUUGAGCUCCGAGG